CACGCAUUGUGAAACAGCGUGGGUUUUUGGCAACAAAUUCCCCGAAUUACUACACUAACCGUCAUAUGAUAGGCUCACCGGCUCAUCAGAGAAUGCAUUCACACCUCUUCCACACACACACCGCUCAUCAGUCUCAAGAAGCCGGCCAUUCCGGAUCAUAUUACCUGUUCCAAACCAUACCAAGAGAAGGUUCUCCUGAGGACACCUCCUACUGCCUGCCGUUCUCGUUGGUGCAGUGUACCGUGCAAAACGGGGAAUUGGGGAAUUGGUGUUAUUUUCGGGACCAAAGUUUUUGGACACCGUGGCCGAAACAGGCUCUUGAAGGAACCUCCAUCACUAUCCCGUCUUAUGCUCAUCAUCCGGCGACCGGCAAAGGUAGCUGAAGGAAUGUUAAAGUACAGCGAAACUUGUAAGGUUUCGCUGGCUGUACAGGCGGCAGUGGAACAUUUCAGGGACAGCAAAUGCCGGGUAUUAUAAUUGUAGCGAGUCAUUUACACUAAUAGUGGAGCCGGUGGGUGGGUGCCAGGGUUUUGCUGCUUAAAUUUCUCCCGGCAAGCCGGCCACCGUUAAGAGCCGGAGCACGGUUCAGCCGUUGUGCUCGUCCGGGCCUGGCACAGACGUGCGCCGGUCAGUCCGUUUGGAACCGUUCAGCCGAUCGGAGGUUUGCCGGAGCUAGAUCGGCGGUCGUCAAUCGUUGAAUCGCACAAGUCACUAGGUGCAGUGUGCAUAACCCCGGGCUCGAGAUCAAAUAGAAAGAGGGCGUGCGUCGUUGCGGCAUAACUUAAGUGGACAUAAUUGGUUUUAAUAUAUACGCGCGGUGUGCGUUUGGCGGUAAAAACGCACGGAUUGUCUGGGCCUCGAACAUCGUGUUGUAGUUGUAUUCGUAGAAGUACGCCUGGAGAUGGCCACCUAGCAGUAGCCUCCUGUCAGUAAGAAGCUUCAGUAAGAUAGUUCCCGCUUUCGAGUGUGUCUAGUGCUAGUUGUCGGUGCGCGGUCAACCGUGGUCUUCCAAGAUCAGCCACCUAACAAUCCACCCUUCUCCAAACAUGGCGACCAGUAAUCCGGCAUUCGUAAACGAUGAGCCCGUCGUGGCGGUGGUGACGACGACCUCAACCAAACCACGCACCAACGAUCGACAACCCGACCUGCGAACGGUAGAGCCCACUUCCAGCGAGCGCCCGCAACUGUCCACUGCCAAGGUGAACCACUUGCAAGAGCCACCGGACGCGGGUGUCAACCUCGGCCGGGCCAGCGCACUGCUCGAGAUGAACCUGAUGAAGAACCUGCCGAAGGUGCAGCGUGACAAGUGGGGCAAAGAUAUCGAGUUUCUGCUGUCCUGCAUAGCGCUCUCGGUCGGGCUCGGCAAUGUGUGGCGCUUUCCGUUCACGGCGUUGGAAAACGGGGGCGGUGCGUUCGUCAUACCGUACCUGAUCGUGUUGCUGCUGGUUGGGCGACCGAUCUACUACCUGGAGAUGCUGAUCAGCCAGUUCUCGAGCCGGGGCUGCAUCAACGUGUACGAUGCGUCGCCGGCAAUGCGCGGCAUCGGGGUCGGCCAAACGUACUCGACGUUCAUCGUGAUGACGUACUAUGCGUCGCUGAUGGCGGUUACGAUGCGCUAUCUGAUCGCUUCGUUCGGCGAUCCGCUACCGUGGAGCGAAUGUAACGAGAGCUGGAACGCUACCUGUAUCGAUUCACGGUUGAUCACGAACAUGGCCGAAAAUUCGACCACCACCGCCGUCACCUCGGCCGAGCUGUACUUUGUCAAGGACGUACUGAAGGAAGCGAACACGAUACACGAUGGCAUUGGGACACCGGAUUGGCGUUUGGUGCUGUGCCUGCUCGUUCCCUGGACCUGCAUCUGCCUGACACUUAUCAAAGGAAUUAAAAGCUCCGGCAAGGUUGCCUACUUCCUGGCCAUUUUCCCCUACGUUGUGAUGUUGGUGCUGUUGGUGCGGGCCUGCACACUGGAAGGCGCCGGGGACGGUAUGCUGUACUUCAUCAAGCCGCAGUGGGACCGAAUCCUGGAGGCGAAGGUUUGGUACGCGGCCGUUACGCAAGUGUUCUUCUCGCUGACGAUCUGCUUCGGUAAUGUGAUGAUGUACUCGUCGUACAAUCGGUUCCACAACAACGUUUAUAGGGAUGUGACGAUUGUGUCGAUCAUGGAUACGCUCACAUCGAUGCUGGCCGGACUGAUAGUGUUCGGCGUGAUCGGACAUCUUGCCCACGUGCUGGAAGCUCCGGACAUUAAGCAGGUGGUGCGGGGUGGUGCCGGUCUCGCCUUCAUCACCUACCCGGACGCGAUCGCCAAGUUCACCUUUUGGCCCCAGUUCUUCGCUAUCGCCUUCUUCAUGAUGCUGUUCGUGUUGGGGAUCGGGAGUAAUGUGGGCAUGGCUACCACCACGAUGACGGUAAUUCGCGAUCGGUUCCCCCAUCUGCAGCCGGCCCUAGUGGCGGUUGGGAUCGCUGUGGUUGGGUUCGGGAUCGGCAUCAUCUACACCACGCCCGGUGGACAGUACGUGCUGGAUUUUCUGGACUUUUACGGCGCUUCGUUUGUGGCGCUCGUGCUGGCCGUGUUCGAGAUGAUUACGUUCGCGUGGAUCUACGGCGUGGGACGUAUCUGUCGGGACAUUGAGUUUAUGCUCGGCAUCAAGACGGGCCUGUACUGGCGCAUCUGUUGGGGCUUUAUCACACCGACGCUACUGGCGGCGAUCCUGCUCUACCACAUCGCCACUUACGAAACGUUCACUUUCAACGGUUACGUGUAUCCCGAUGGGAUGUAUGCCUUCGGGUGGUGUAUCUUCGCUGCGGGAGUGUUGCAACUGCCGGCCUGGGGUGUUUAUACGUUCCUGAAGCGCAAGGAACCGGACUGGAGGGAUCGUCUGCUGCACUGCUUUAAACCAACGCACGAUUGGGGCCCGGAAGACCCCGAACUGAAUGCCAAGUAUCACGAAUCGGUGUACAAAUAUGAACAAUCACUGCCCCGCGAUCGCUCGAUACUGCGUAGAAUGUACGAUAAUGUGUUUAGCUAAAGCAACUACAAAACUAUUCCGAACUCCACGUGUUGGAAGUGCAUUUAAGCAUAAAGUAGCUGCAAACUAAGGUUCAAGCGGUAAAGUACACGUUCAGAUAUGAUGCGUCUUUUUAAUAAAGAGAUGAUUUUAAAGGAGGG